AAAAGAGGGAAAAGAGCCGGGAGAGAGGUGGGAGAGGACGAGGGCGAGGGCACGGCCGGGCUCCUAGCCGGCCAAAGGAGGCUCGCGGAAGCAGCAGCCGCCGCCCGACCGCAGCGGAAUUCUGAAGAUUGGUCCAAGGGACUGUGUUAAUUUCAGGAAUUGAUUUGAAAGACAUUGGCUCUGCCUCUUAACAGCCAUGUAACCUUGGCGAGCCAUUAAUAGAGGCAGCACGUAACCCAAGCAGCAAGCGUGGCCCCACCAAGCUCCUUUCCUGCCCAGGAACUGUACUCGGAAUCUCUGCACCAAGGCGCCAGAGCUUUGAACUGUGUCUAUAUGGAAGAAAGCAGCAGUGUUGCCAUGUUGGUGCCAGAUAUUGGGGAACAGGAAGCUAUAUUGACUGCUGAAACUGUCAUCAGUUCAUCACUGGAAAUCGAUGAACAAAGAAAAGUUAAAACAGAUCCAUUGAUCCAUGUUAUCCAGAAGUUAAGCAAAAUAGUAGAACAUGAAAAGUCACAAAAAUGUCUUUUGAUCGGGAAAAAACGCUCACGUUCAAGUGCUGCAACGCACUCUCUUGAAACCCAAGAACUUUGUGAGAUUCCAGCUAAAGUAACCCAGUCCCCUGCUGGGAUCAGAAGGGCUGAGAUGUCUCAGAUACAUUUUACCCCUGGCUCUCUUGCCCAGAACGAUGGGAAGACUAUGUCUUACCAGUGUAGCCUUUGCAAGUUUCUGUCAUCAUCGUUUUCUGUGUUAAAAGAUCAUAUCAAGCAGCAUGGUCAGCAAAAUGAAGUGAUAUUAAUGUGCUCAGAGUGCCACAUUACAUCUAAAAGCCAAGAGGAACUUGAAGCUCACGUGGUAAACGACCACGAAAACGAUGCCAACAGUCACACUCAAUCCAAAGCCCAGCAGUGUGUAAGCCCCUCCAACUCUUUGUGUCAGAGGCCCACAGAAAGAAACCAUGAAACCAUUUCUGAUGUCCAAGUGAGUGUGGACAGUGCGCAAACGCACGCUGCCCAAAACGCACCCAUGGCAGAAAUGGGUAAGAGGAAAUGGUAUGCAUAUGAACAGUAUGGCAUGUACCGAUGCUUGUUUUGUAGUUACACCUGUGGCCAGCAGAGAAUGUUGAAAACACAUGCUUGGAAACAUGCUGGGGAGGUUGACUGCUCCUAUCCGAUCUUUGAAAAUGAAAAUGAGCCCCUAGGCCUGCUGGAUUCUUCAGUGGCUGCUGAACCUGGUGGGGUGGAUGCAGUCGUCAUUGCUAUUGGAGACAACGAACUGAGUAUCCACAAUGGGCCUUCUGUACAAGUACAGAUUUGCAGCUCAGAACCGUUAUCCUCUUCGUCUCCUUUAGGACAGAGUGCAGAAGGUGGAGUUCAUCUGACUCAGUCAGUUACCCUUGACCCCAGUGAGGAAGAGAUGCUAGAGGUGAUAUCUGAUGUGGAGGAGAACCUGAUCGCCGAUAGUCUGCUUUCAUCCGCACAGAAAAUCAUUAGUAGUAGUCCCAAUAAAAAAGGUCACGUUAACGUGAUAGUAGAACGUUUGCCAAGUGCUGAAGAAACUCUUUCACAGAAACAUUUCCUCAUGAAUGCUGAAAUCGAAGAGGGAAAAAACCUGAGCCCGACAGAAUCCCAGAUUGGGGGUGAAGGAAGAGAUGAAGUUUAUCAUGCUGAUAAAUGUACUGUUGAUAUUGGGGGGCUGAUCAUAGGCUGGAGCAAUCCAGAGAAGAAAGACAGUGAGUUAAUAACCAAAGGACUGGCUACUGAUGAGAAUGCCCCACCAGGCCGAAGAAGGACAAAUUCUGAGUCUCUCCGACUACACUCGUUAGCUGCAGAAGCCCUCGUCACAAUGCCCAUAAGAGCUGCAGAACUGACAAGGGCCAACCUUGGGCACUACGGGAAUAUAAACCUUUUAGAUCCAGAUACCGGACAAAGGCAAGUGGACAGUACGUUGGCGGCUUAUUCUAAAAUGAUGUCGCCACUUAAAAACUCUUCAGAUGGAUUAACUGGUUUUGACCAAAGCAACUCUACGUUGGUAGCACUCCCAGAGGGUAGGCAGGAGUUGUCAGAUGGGCAAGUGAAGACGGGUAUCAGCAUGUCCUUACUGACUGUGAUCGAAAAGUUGAGGGAAAGGACAGACCAAAAUGCUUCCGACGAUGACAUUUUGAAAGAGCUGCAGGACAACGCCCAGUGCCAACCCAACAGUGACGCAGGUUUAUCGGGAAGCAACGUGGUGGAAUACAUCCCUAAUGCUGAUCGACCCUACCGCUGCCGCCUGUGUCACUACGCAAGUGGUAACAAGGGCUACAUCAAGCAGCACUUGCGGGUCCAUCGACAGAGACAGCCCUAUCAGUGUCCUAUCUGUGAGCACAUAGCUGACGACAGCAAAGAUUUGGAGAACCACAUGAUCAACCACUGCAAAACAAGAAUAUACCAGUGCAAGCAGUGUGAAGAGUCGUUUCAUUAUAAGAGUCAACUGAGGAACCAUGAGAGAGAGCAACACAGCCUUCCAGAUACCUUGUCAGUAGCAGCUUCUAAUGAGUCAAGAAUUUCCAGUGAUACAGCUGAUGGAAAAGGUGUUCAAGAAGGGAGUAAGUCUUCAGUACAGAAACAGUAUAGAUGUGACGUGUGCGAUUAUACAAGUACAACCUACGUUGGUGUCAGAAACCACCGGCGAAUCCAUAACUCUGACAAGCCAUACAGAUGUUCUCUGUGUGGGUACGUGUGCAGCCAUCCUCCUUCUUUGAAGUCUCACAUGUGGAAGCAUGCAAGUGACCAGAAUUACAACUACGAACAAGUAAACAAGGCUAUCAAUGAUGCCAUUUCACAGAGCGGCAGAGUUCUGGGGAGAUCCCCUGGAAAGAUGCUCUUAAACAGCAGUGAGGACAGAGCCGAUCGAGCCGAUCCUGUCACUGGAAGUUCUGAAAACUUGGUGUCAGCCUCAGAGCUGAUUUCCCAGGCCCCCGGCGAAGUUGUAGGUUCCAACGACAACGAGAAACUGAGCCCUACGAGUAAUACCUCAUACAGUUUAGAAAAAAACUCCAGUUUGGCCCCUCCUGGCAUGGAGUAUUGUGUUUUACUCUUCUGUUGUUGUAUUUGCGGUUUUGAAUCUACCAGCAAAGAAAAUCUCUUGGAUCAUAUGAAAGAGCAUGAGGGUGAGAUCGUAAACAUCAUCCUAAGUAAGGACCACAACACAACUCUAAACACAAAUUAGAUUGAAUAACUCCUUGAAGAGGGACACGGUAGAAGAGAAACCCUUUAAACCACAGGUUCACCUUUGCGCUAUCAAAUAACUUACUAGACACAGAAGAAAUAGUUGGUGUGGGGUUUUUGUUUGCUUGCUUGUUUGUUUUGAAGAAAAGACAGAUGUGACUUUGGAAUCAAAUUUGCAGUGUAAUAAAAAGAAUUCCAAAUGGAUAAGUGGGAAUGCUAUUCAAGUAUCGUGAGUGAGGGGAGGUAGGUUGAGGAGGAAGCAAAAAUGUAACCCUGUGUUUGCCCUGUCACCUCUUCUUAGUGGUGGGUGUAUUUAUUAUUCAAAGCUUAAUGUAGUGUAGAAAUGCAAACAAAAGAGUUAAGAAACAGCUUUUCCAGAACUUCUAAAACUUCUUGUUCCAAAGGUGUCACAUCUUAAGCAGAGCUUAGUUCUCUUUGUUGUGAACUCGGACACGCCAGCUGUGGAGGGCCGGGCCUCUCAUGAGGGGCGGGAGGCAGCUCUCUGAGGGCUUUUCACUGUGACCAGCAGAGUCAACAAGGAAAAGAUCACCAGAGGGCUGUGAAAUGAUCUACCCAAAUCUUUUCCCAAAUCGAUAGGAAUGAAUCAUAUACUCAAUCGAGGAUAUAUUUCUCCCUAAAACAGAAAGAGACCUCUGAAUCCAAAUCUAGAUUGUAAAUAGGCAUUUAAGAAGUAAAUUGUUGUCUUAAAUUUACAGUGAAUGUCUUGUGGGCAAAGGAGAAAAUAGGUGAAUUCCCACCAGCCUCAACCCAAACCCCGUGUGAAAACGGGGACUCAUUUAGCACAGCACCCUUCCCAGAGGCCCUUUCCAGGUUUGACGGAACACCGCACUUUUCUCCGUAGUUACACAGGCUGACCCUCUCUUCUGAACUAGACCAAGUGUCUCAUCUCAAAGGUCUGUUCAAGCAGCCAAGUGUGAAGAUUGGCAUUUGAUCAUCAGACCUCGGAAAUCUUUGGAACUCUUAAAUAAAAAUCAUUUGAGGGACAAGAGGUGAAAUUCAGAGGCCCCUUAAAAUGAGUACUGCUAUUGAGAUUUUACUGCCUGGAGUUUAUUAAUCUAGUUAUACUUAGCAUAAGAGGUAUAAUCAAAUGUGGCUAAACUAUAGUAAAAAUUCAGGUUGUUUAUAAAACUUUUAAUAACAGGUGAUUUGGCGCAAGUCUACAGGGUUUCUCCUAUCUAGGAUGUUCCAUUUUGUUAGUGUGCAAUAGGACAUAUGGACAACCAACUACAAGUGCUUUUGCAUUAAAACUCGCCAUCAAAUACAUGUGAUCUUCUCAUUAAUUACACAUUUUAUAUUAUAAUGUAUUUCAAAGUGAAGAGAACAGGGGUGGUUUUGGUUUUGCUUCUGUAGUACUGAUCAUCUAUUUUUGUGUUGUUUUGUUGAAGUAAAUUCUGCAUACAAGUCAAAGGCUGGUGCACCGAGCAGUGCACUAUCUUCAUGGUGCUCUUUCUGAACUUGAUCUCUAACAUGUUCUAGAGCUGAGGCUGUGAGUCUGAUAAGUUUAGAAGACAUUGAUUACUCUGUAGACACAUUUUAGGAAAGAAUUCCUUUCCCCAAGUCCAGGUAUGGACUGAAUGAAUUAAUAUUUUUAAGAUAGCAUCAGGAAGUAUUACGUGGGGCCAGGCCAUCUUGAAACAUUGUUCAGUUUUUUCUACAUCUUAUUUUGAUGAUGAUAUUUAAACAGAAUCUAUUGUAAUUGCCAGCUGUUUGAUUUAGGUAGCUUUAUUUAUGAGAGUUAAUCCGUUUCUGAUAGGUGGUUUUUAAAAACAUAAAAUGAAUUUAUAUAUACCAAUUAUAUAUAUUAUCCAAAUUCACUGCAUGUGGAUUUAUGUUCAUUUUCUCCUGUUUUCAGAAUUAAAAGACAAUUCUAUUUCAUUUCAUGUUUAAGUAAAUAUUUUAAAUGGUUCCAUUCUUACCGCUCAUUCUGAAAAUUAACAACCCUUAUUAGCAGAAUUUUGUUUUAUAAAGGUUCCUUGGUUUUAAUUUCAUGUAAUCAUUUGGAAAAUACUAAUAACCAAAAAAAAAAAAAAAAAUCCCAAAAGCAUUCAUAGUGAGUUUUUAAAUAACCUUCAGUUCCCUAACCCAUUUCUUUUGAUUGUUACUUAAAUUUUCCAUUUGGAAUCAUGAAUUUAAAAUUUCCCUAGCUCGUGGGAAAAAAUUCACCCAGAAGUUCCAAACCUUUCAACGUUCAUCUGACUCUGGCCUAAAAUGCCCUCAAAAGCUUUCUGUGGGGCUUUGGGAAGAACCAUAUGCCAUGGGUGUUCUGUACCUUCCUGUGACCAUUUUGUGGCGAGCUUGAAGUUAACAGUGUCUCCACCAAGAACAAUUGAGUGUUUCUAAAAGUAAUAAUGAAGGCUGAGUAUGCAAUGUUAAUUGUAAAAGAGACAGGUAUUAGAAUAAUCAUCAGGAACUCCCUUCAUAGGAAUAGCUAUUUAGUGGUACUAGAUCUUUUGCCAUAUAAAGAUCAUAGUAUUUGUUUCCCACUCUGAACACCUACCAGUUGUAAGAUUUGAUAGUAAAACUAGUUUUUAAAAGAAACUGACUGGAUAAGGCAAAGGCGGGGAGGGCGGAAGACGGUGCAUUGCGUUCUGAUCAUCACAAGUAAUACUUUGCAAGGGUCAACAUUUUCUCUCACUCACUACUAGUCCAGAAUGUGGUUGGUGUCCCCAGCGUUCUAACAGUCCCAUGCCUGUACUCCAGUGGAUUCCUAGACGUUAGUUCUGUGUGCAGCCAGUGCGUUGCAACGACACUGGCACAAGCUUUUGUUCUAGAUCCUCUCAUCCUAUUCGAGGUAGCUGUUGGUGGCUUCAUUAUUAUUUUCUCUGUCUUUUCUCACAAAGCAGAUGGUGGGCACCCAUGUUUACAUUGUAUCUUCCCACAAUGUACUUGGCUUGACAAAGACAAGCAGGCUUCUCUAUUGAGACUUAUUAUAUUUUUAGUUUUCAUAGACACUUAUUUAAUCUUUUUUUAUUGUACAGCAAGGUGCUCUAAGUAAUAUUCUAUAAAAUAUAUUUAAUAGAAAUUUGAGUUUGAUAUUCAUGGACAUGAAUACAUGUAUUUUUUUAAGAAAUAAGUAUUGUGUAACACUAUGGCAUUGCUUCUAUAGCCAAAGUCUAAAAAUUUCUGGAACACUGACAUGUAAAGACUACAGUUAAUUCUGACACUGUAUCUUAUUAAAAUAGGAUGAUUUGCAUUUUGUAAAAUUAUCCUGCACAUCGAGCUGCAUGCCUUAAAGCCUAAAACUCUAGGAUCGUGUUCAUGGUAGAACAGUUCAUCUGUUCAACAAACAGUGAAGCAAGGUCUAUAGUGCUUCUUUAACUACCUUUGGAAAUACUGUACAAUGUUAGAAUAAUUUAUUUUGCUUUACAGGAGUUUGUCAUGUAUUGACUUUAAUAUUGUAUUUUGGUAAUAAAUUUUUUGUUAAAAACA